UACCCAACACCAACCCAACGCCAACACUAACGCCUUACGCCUCUACGCAUUAUAAGUUGAAUUCCAUGUGAACGAACAAACAACAUAGAGAAGCCGACAGGGACAGCGAGAAAACAGCAGAAAUGUCUCAGUGCAUGAGAGCCUUAAACCCUGUAAAAACCCUUCUCAAUAACACCAAUCUUUCAAUACCCAAUCCGAAUUUCCCUUCAAAAUCUUCCUUUGAACCCAAGUCCAAAUCUAAAUCGAAGAGAUACCCGAGAAUAUCAGUUAUGUCAGCACAGAAUGACACUCAUCAACAAAAAUUGUCACUCGAUGCUUUAAUCAAGGGUAGCCGCAAAGACGAUGCCCUUGCCGCCAUUAAAGGCUCAUUGUCUAAUUGUCUGUCGGACACAAAUCUUCAUUUGACGGUUCCCGGUCUUAAAUCCAAAACCAGAGGCAAGGUGAGAGAUAUAUAUGAUGGCGGGGAUUAUCUUGUUUUGGUCACAACUGAUCGGCAGAGUGCUUUUGAUAGAAUUCUUGCCUCCAUUCCCUUUAAAGGCCAGGUUCUAAACGAGACAAGUCUAUGGUGGUUCAAUAAAACUCAACACAUAACUCAGAAUGCGGUUGUAACUGCCCCUGAUGAAAAUGUUACUAUUGCAAAGAAAUGUUCAGUUUUUCCUGUUGAAUUUGUUGUUAGAGGGUAUGUGACUGGAAGUACUGAUACAUCGCUAUGGACGGUCUACAAAAAUGGUGUCCGAAAUUACUGCGGCAAUGCCCUUCCAGAUGGACUGGUAAAGAACCAAAAGCUAGCUGUGAAUAUACUCACUCCUACAACCAAGGCUGCAGAUCAUGAUGUUCCAGUUACUCCAGAGGAGAUAGUGGAACGUGGGUUAAUGACUCAAGCUGAUUAUGAUGAAGCCAGUAGGAAAGCAUUGAGCUUAUUUGAGUAUGGACAGCGUGUAGCUUUAGAGCAUGGCUUGAUAUUAGUGGACACAAAAUAUGAAUUUGGGAAGGGCACUGAUGGUUCAGUUCUUUUGAUUGAUGAGGUGCACACACCUGACUCAAGCAGAUACUGGAUUGCCAAUUCUUAUGAAGAAUGCUUUCAAAAUGGUCUGGAACCUGAAAAUGUCGAUAAGGAGUUCUUGCGGCUGUGGUUCAAGGAUCACUGUGAUCCAUACAAAGAUGAGGUCCUUCCUGAUGCUCCUGAAGAACUUGUUUGCGAGCUAUCAUGGAGAUAUAUUUUCUUGUACGAGACAAUAACAAAAUCAAAAUUUGAGAUGCCAGAAACAGAGGAACCAAUACACGAUCGGAUCUCAAGAAAUGUCAAACUAGCAUUAUCAUCUUUGAAGUGAUUCUAAAAUCUAAAGUCUUAUGCUUCACUAAUUGAGAUUAUAGCAGGAACUGGAGGGUUAUUCCCCUAUUUGACCGUAUUAGAGGCAAUUAGUGUGGCUAUUGAGGUGCAUAAGAGGCCCAAGUUUUUAUGAGUCACUUUACUCCUUGCAAAUAAUGAACUGGUCUUUUGUAUGUGCAUUUUUUUUUCUUUUAAAAAAUAGCAAUAAAUAUGAAGGUUAAAUUUUUUAAUUUGUUAAAAUUAUACAAUUUUUUUUUUUUUAAA